GACAGCCUUCCAGGAAGUUCAAGCCAGUUGACCGACAGGUUUUGCCGUUACUGCGAUAUGUGUAUAUUUAGAUAACAGGAAUAUGAAGUUACUGGUCUUUUUGCAAUAAUAUGGUAACCGCUUCAUGUUUUAGUGGUCCUCGCUUCAGGAAAUGCCUUUGCUUAUUCAAAAUAGAGGACUUGGGCGCAUAAACUCGACAGCGGAACUGUUCGACAAAUAUCCACAUUUAAAGGAAAAUGGAAGAACAUUUCGCUCCAAGCCGCUUGUUGAUGUCGACCCAAAGUGCCUCUUGUAUGUCCAUCAAAGGGAAUUUGCUGCAACCACACCAGCAGACAACAGUGUGUCAGUAAUUGGAUCUGAUGAUGCCACCACCUGCCAUUUGGUUGUGCUGCGACACACCGGAAGUGGAGCUGUUUGCCUUGCUCACUGUGAUGGUUCCAGCACCUGGUCUGAAGUCCCGCUCCUUGUGAAAGCUGUCACAUCACUGAGUAACGGCAGCAAGGAGGGCAGACUUGAGCUCCAUCUUGUCGGGGGAUUUAACGAUGAGUCGAAAACAUCCCAUAAGCUCAGCCUUAACAUACUGGCAGCGUUCCAGAAACAGAAAGAGGAUAUUCAUCUGGAAACAUGUUGCAUCACAGAAAUCAAUGACAUUGUCAUUGAUGGAACUCAUAGGCCUGUUGUAUAUGGAAUAGGUGUAAACGUUAAAACAGGGGAUGUGUUCCCUUCAUCAUUCACUCAUAAAGGACCUGCAGAGGAGCUGCGAUCUGCAAGGACCUUCACUGGGGGACAGAUGGCUGACAUAUAUGACUCAAGUCGAGGAAUGGUUAAAAUUGGCCCAUGCAAGUGGUCUCCUAAUCUGGAUAUUGCCUUCUGGUUGUCACAAAAUGAUGACACAAUUUUAAAGUACCUGUCCACCUCUCCAAUGGCUGAGCCGCCACACUUCGUCCAGCACAUGAAGUCCACCAUCCGGUUCCUUUUAGAACACCCAAACUCUGAUAGCCUGUUCCCCGGGAGUCAGCCACAGCUCUACCACAGGGCUCAAACAGGGGACUGGGAGAGGGCUGUCUAGUCCUGCUGUAUCUCUCACUCAACCUUAACAUGGAACCUGACUGUUUUUGCCUCUCAGCUCAAUGGAUACACUGUGACCAAUCCACCCACUGUCUGUUUUUUGUUUGUGUCUUAGCCUUGAGGUAACCCCCAACUGAACCAUGUGUGUUGAAUGGCUCUCCUGACUCGUCUGGCUGGUCCAGUAGAGAGAGCAGAGGAAGUACAAGUGAUUCUGUUAAUAACUAACAGUUAACUUCUCCUAUUUUAUGAGGUGGUGUAAAGUCUGCAAGUUACACCAUCGGCUUUGUUGCCAGUCGAGGUUAAUGUCAUACCAAGCUUGAUUGUUCUGAUUCUCGAAGGAAAUAUAACCUUGCUGUCUCAUGUCCAAUCAAAAGACCAGUCUUAUCAUUUUGUAUGUUUUUUUUGCCCAACACUUGUAACAAACUGUUGUUUUCUAUUCAUUUCCUACCAUGCAUGCAUUCAUUGUUCAGUUGAUACUAGUAAAGCCAAUCAACCUACAUAAUUCAAAAUGUAUUUAGUUGCCUUUUAAAUUUUUGUCAGUUAAUGUUGUCAGCUACUUUGUCACCAGGAAAUCAAACCUUGCCUAUCUCAAGCAAGUUCUGAAAACCAAUACAUUUCUGGGAGGUAUGACAUCAAUCUAAAAACUUUGGUAUGCUUAGGAAAUAUGUGUACGAUAUGAAGUAAAUUGACUAAAAAUUGUGCAUGGUCCUUAAAUGUAGAGCCUGACCUACUGUUAAGGAAGUGAAACUUGCUGCAACAACAACGAAGAAUAUAUUUAUUUUGGCACUUUGUCUUAAACAGGGAAUUACUAAUUGCCAAUGCUCUGUAUUGUUGUAGAGUUGAGCAAAGUUUAUUUUUCUCUACAAAUGCACCUUCUUAAUGAGAGUGGAAUAUGAUAUUUCAUCACAUACUCUAAAUCCUGCGGUACACUUGGCUAUGAAUGUGUCUGUUUUCAGAAACUGCAUGUGUAAAUGUGUAUAGUAGUCUUCUGCAAGGGAUGAUAUAGAUUCUUGUCAAAUGCAACCAACCAUGAUUUUAGUUUUUAACAACUUAAAAAUGAAAUCAACAACAUAUACUGUAUAAGGCCUUUUCUUCAGUUGUGUUAUUCAGAGGGUUGCAAGGUGCUUAAAGCAUUUGGUGCAACUUGUUAGCAUAACAUAUUUUACCUAUUACUAAAUAAAUGUAAAUGGUUA